UCCUGUCGGUUCGACCCCUUCCUUGAUGACUGCCUGGAACUAGCCAAACGCGUUGACAAGCUGGGAGUUCCGAUCGAGGUGCAUGCCCUCGACGACAUGCCUCAUGCCUUUCUUAACUUUGCCUUCGUUGACAACGACUUCAGCCGCGCCACGGGCCUCUGUUGUGAAAUCAUUCAGAGGUUGAUGCGAGGCCAGGUGACGGCGAGUCCCCGGGCGCCGAAGACCGCACCAGACUCCAAAACAUCCCCACCUUCCUCCCCUUCGCCCUAA